AUGGCGACAUCGGACGACGCUUCCGUCGACAGGCUGAGCGCCCUCCCUGAGGCGGUGUGCACUCGAAUCCUCUCUCUACUUCCCACCAAGGAUGCCGUCGCCACCGGGCAACUCUCGCGGCGGUGGCGGCGCCGCUGGUGCCGCCUCCCCAGCAUCGACCUCGACUUCGGCGAGUUCUCCGCAGGGCAAGUCCCCAGUUGGCAGUCGCAGAGCAGCUACACCACGUUCGUCGACCUCGUCCUCCCCAUCUGCGCCUCGCGGCGGAGCCUCCGCCGCGUGGCCCUUCGGCCCUGCUCCGGCACCUGGCAGAUUGAGAUCGACCGGUGGGUGCGCCUCGCCAUGGCCGGCCGGCAACUGGUGGCGCUGGAGCUGGACUUCUCGCACUUACUCACGCCGCACCACCUGGGGAAGCAUCUUUCCGGAGAGGCCCCUCUCCGAGUACCUGAUUCUCUGGAGGAGCUGAAGCUAAAGUGCUGUGUCUUUGACCCUUUAGGAUUCGAGCCCUUCCGUGGGGUGAGGAGCCUGAUGCUGUCCUCCGUCAGCCUCGCCGACGCGGAGUUCCUGUCCCGCUUCCCUGCGCUGGAGAGCCUCGUUAUAUUCCACUGCGAGGUGAAGAACGGUCUCGCCGUGCGGCACUGCCGCCUACGCUGGGUGGAGAUGGAGGGGAUCUCCUUCGAGCCGCCGGCGGCGGGGUGCCCACUUGAGGUGGAGGCCCCCGCAAUGGAGGAACUGUCGCUGAGGGAGAUGAAGGGGAGCCCGGCGUUGGUCGUUCGCAUGGGGGGGCAGUUGCAGAGGUUGAAGGUGGAGAACUGCUACUUCGACCAAGGAGAAGGAGGAGGAAGAGAAGAUACGGUGGGGAUAUCUCUGGAAGUCGAUGCGCCAGCGCUCUGCGAGUUCAGGUUCUACGGGGAACCGGGGAAGGAGUGCUGCUUCAGGGCCAAGUCCCCGAACCUUGACCAGGUCCAUCUCCAAAUACGCCGCUGGAUGGGAUGCCACCGAGUGGUGGGAGGAGAUAAGUGGACCGCUGACCUACUCGAAGGUCUCUCCACCGCCCGCUCCAUGACACUCUCCGGCAGAUCCCUAGAGGUUACCUCUCUCUCUCUCUCUCUAUCUAUAUAUACGUAUGUAUAUAUCCACCUAUCUAUCUCUCUCCCCCCCCCUCUCUUUCUCUCUCUAUAUAUCUAUCUAUCUAUCUAUAUAUCUAUUCUAUCCGGACUUUGCUAAUGCGGUGUUGGGUGUUUUGAAGUAUUUGUCGAGUGGGAUGCUGGCUUCCACCCUAUUCUCCUGUUUGAGGGCGCUGACGAUGGAGGUCGGUCUGGUCUAUGAGGAGCUCCCCGUCAUGGAAGCCCUCCUGCGUAGCUCCCCCUUUCUCCAGUCGCUCUCCAUCAACAUAGACAACUUCGGGGAGCCCUUCGUCAGAGAUCUGGUACGAAAACCCGCAGUCAAUGGGCUCCUAGACGGAUCCCCAUGCAGCUACGUACUUGCAACUGUUAUAAUCCGGGUGGUAAUUUUGCAGAGUAACGUGGACUAUGAAGUCGAGAGGUUGGAAGAGCUCUACGGGGAUUACUGGGAGUCAUUCAAGGGACCUAUCCACUGCCUCGCUCUUCAUCUCCGGACGAUCGAGAUCAAGAAUUUCACGGGGAAGAGACUAGAGGACGAGCUAGCGAGAUUUCUGGCCGCCAACGGGAAGGUUCUCACAAAGAUGGCCGUCUCAACGCCCUCUGCUAUAUUUUCUGGACUCGAUUUCCUUUAG